AUGUUUCCCGGACCGGACACGGCGUACAGGAUCUCUCAGCAGGCCAUGCUCACGGUGGCCACGGAGCAGGCUUUUCCAGCCGGAUUUCCCAGGGACUUCUCCAUCUUGGCCACUCUGCGGGUCGAGCAGAACACGGAGGGCUUCCUGCUGAGCGUGCACGAUCCGGAGGGACUGGAACACCUCUCGCUGCACCUAGGCCAGAACGUCACCGUCGGUCUGCGGUCGGACAUCGGCAACGACAGCGUCCUCUCCGUGGCGGUCUUCACGGACUCAGUCAACGACGGAAAGUGGCACCGACUGUCGCUGAGCGUCAAGGGAAACUCUGUCACCCUGGUGAAGGAUUGCGCCGUCCGAGGAACCGAGGCCAUCGACCGGUCGGACGAGGCGCUCAUUGACCACUCGGGCAUCAUACUCAUCGGCCAGAAGUUCUACGACGACGAGGUGUACCAGGGCGACAUCCAACAGCUGCUGAUCGUGCCCACCCCCGACUCGGCGUACGAGCAGUGCAGCGCCUACAUGCCCAACUGCGACUUGCCGCUGCCGUCCGUCGACGGAGACUACACGGACCUGGGCUACAACAAGACCGACCUCGAUCUGGAGCCGGGGCCCGGGGGAGACUCCGGAAACGAAACGGAAGCACCCAUUUUCCCGGAUGGGGAAGGCACAACCGUCUACCCGACGUAUCCGAGCUACCCGGGCCACACCAACUACAACUACUAUACUGUUGAAGUAAGCGGUAAAACAGCAACAAGCCGUUUAGUAGCGCGGUAUAUGACCAUGCAGGCUCUCGAAAAGGGAGACCCCGGCAGGGAUGGACUGGCGGGGACUACGGGACAGCCCGGCGCUCCUGGUCACAUCUUCAUGAUCCCGUACCAGACAGCAGGAGACACCAAGGGUCCGGACAACACAGAAGCACUCCGGCAAAUGUUGAGUCAGCAUAUGAUGGCGAUGCGAGGAGCUCCUGGAGCCAUGGGUCUCACUGGACUCCACGGACCUGUGGGACCCACGGGUCCUCCCGGUGAGAAAGGAGAGCGCGGCGAACCAGGUGCAACGGGGUCAAGAGGAGUACGUGGGCAGCAAGGGACCCCUGGAAGACUAGGGAGACGCGGUCGCGGAGGCAAAGACGGCGAAAGAGGGAAACCCGGUCCCAUGGGCCCCAAGGGUGACACCGGUCUUCCCGGUCUGCCCGGUCUGCCUGGCGAGAAAGGUGAAAGGGGUUACGUCGGAGCGCCCGGAGACCAGGGCCUUCAGGGUCACGACGGAUCACAGCGAACUUACUGCGUCGAUGAUUAA